AGAGGGCAACUUUCGUCUGGAAGUGUCGAGGUUGUUCUUUCUGGCGGGUGAGCGCUUGUGUUAGCUGACGUCUCUUGUGUUUCAUCAGGCAACGUUCCAGCGUGUAGUCCAAUGGGGGACAGCGAUGAUGAGUUUGACAGGAGGAGGCGGGACAAGUUCAGAAGAGAGCGGAGCGACAUGGAACGUUCUCGAGAGCGUGAAGAGAGGAGACGGGAUGACUGGCCCGACAGGGACUGGGAGCGCGGCAGAGAGAGGAGGCGGGACUAUGAUCGUGCCCGCAGGGACAGAUUUUCGCCACCAAGACAUGUUAGUCCUCAACACAAACGCAUGAGGAGAGAUUGGGAUGACCACCGGGGGGAGCCGUAUCGUUUUGAGCGACCCUAUGGAGGAGGUGGAGCGCUGUUUCCGGGUGUGGGCCCUCAGGGCUGGCCCCCCGACCUUCCACACCUUCACCCACAUCACGGAGGUCACCUAUUGCAGGUGCAGGGCAGGUUGGCAAUGGUUGAUCCUGACCUCCCGCCCCCAGGACCCCCUACCAUGAGGAGCUUCAAGGACUUCCUGUUGAACAUGGAGGACAGUGUUGAUGAAACGGAGGCAGUCAAGCGCUACAAUCAGUACAAAGUGGACUUCCGACGGCAGCAGCUGCAAGACUUCUUCAUCCAGCACAAAGACCAAGAGUGGUUCCGAUCAAAGUACCACCCCGAUGACAUCAGAACCAGCAAGGCCGAAUCUCUGGCCGCGCUGAAACUGCGUCUGGGUGUCUUCCUCUUUCUGUCAGACAAUAAGUGGCUGGACAGUGUCUCGCUAGACAUGGAGCACGCCCCUGCCAUAAUCAAAGUGCUGGAUGCAGCUGUCAUCAAGAUGGAGGGGGGCACAGACUUGGACCUGAAGGUGCUUGAGGUGCCUUUGACCGGUGGCGAGUCAUCCCAGGAGUCGGCCGCCGACGAAGUUGGUGGGGCUCAACGCCAGAAGAACACGGACGAAGACGCCAAACAGAACGGUGAGAAGGAACCAGGCCAAGAUGAGGAUGAGGCGGCAGAGAAAGAGGAGGAGGAGGCCAAGAAAGGCAGGAAAAGGAAGCGCAGCAUGUCAGCUGACAGUGGCGAGGGAUCCGCCUCUGACUCCUCCCACUCUGAUGGAGAGAAGGACGAGGAUGAGGAGCAAGAGUCGCCGGCGAGGCCUCGGCCACUCCACCUCACCACCUCACUCUUUAUAAGGAGCAUCCCACCAGACGUCUGUAAGGAGGAGAUCACCGCUUUGUGUCUCAGGUACCCAGGCUUCCUGCGGGUGGCGCUGUCAGACCCUCAGCCAGAGAGGAGGUUCUUCCGUCGCUGUUGGGUGACCUUUGACCGCAGCGUCAACAUUAAAGAGACCUGCUGGAACCUGCAGAACAUCAGACUCCGAGACUGCGAGCUGUCUCCCGUGGUCAACAGAGAUUUGUGUCGCCGUGUUCGCAGCGUUAACGGGCUGACGCACCACAAACCUGUGGUUAGAAACGACAUCCGUCUAGCAGCCAGACUCGUGCACGCGCUGGACCAGAGGGGCGAGCUAUGGCAGGGACAGCAGAUGGAGACCAAUCCCGUCCUCAACAACAUCACCGACUACCUCAUUGAGGAGGUCAGCGCUGAGGAGGAGGAGCUAACGGGCUGCGACAGCGGCGAAGCGACCGACGCCAAAGACUCGGCCUCCUCUGAAGUCACAGUGGAGACAGAUGAAAAAUUGCUUGAGGUCCUGGACAGACUCUUGGUCUACUUGCGUCUGGUCCACUCAGUCGACUACUACAACUUCUGUGAGUACCCUGCUGAGGACGAGAUGCCUCAUCGCUGUGGACUUUUCCAUGUGCGAGGACCCCUACCUGUGGCCAAGAUCACUUCAACUGAGGUGAGUGAACAUCAAAAGAUGUGUGAGGAGCGUCUGGCUCCUCUGCUGACUCCGUCAGAAGUUCUGAGUGCAGAUGAUGCCGCACGCCUGGGCAAGAAAGACCCAGAACAGGAAGUGGAGAAGUUCCUUUCAGCCAACACUCAGGAGCUCAGUAAAGAUAAGUGGCUCUGUCCUCUGAGUGGGAAGAAGUUUAAGGCUCCAGAGUUUGUGCGCAAACACAUCUUAAACAAACACGGUGAGAAGGUGGCUGCUGUGAGACAGGAGGUGGAGUUCUUUAACAAUUACCUGAUGGAUGCCAAGAGACCUGCCCUCCCUGAGAACAAGCCCCUCCCGCCUCCAGCGCAAGUUCCUGCCUCUGGCUUUCCUGGUCAGUCGCCACAACAGCAAAGCCUUCUGGGAUAUCCACCAGGCAUUAGGCCUCCCAUGCCUGCCUUCCCUGGUGGUCCUCAUUACCCAUCCAACCAGUUUGGAGCUGGCCGUGGGGCGUAUGACAACUUCAGGGGUCAGUUAGGAGGAGGUGGCUUUCCAGCAAAACAACGCAACAACAGGGGCAUGCGAGGAGACCCACGCUCUAUCAUCGAGUACAGAGACCUGGACGCACCAGACGAUCUCGACUUCUUUUAAACACAAAUACUUUUUUGUAUGACUUAUUUGCUUUGUGUGUUUGGCAGCAGGACCAAGGUUACUUUUUAAAGUGAUGUCAUUUAUUUUGAUUCACAAUAAAGCUCAGUAAA